GUCCUGCAGACAUUUCAUCCAUCGGCUGCUUGGUUCAUUUUACUGACAAACAUUUGACAGUUUUUCAUUCAACUUAUUGUUCAGCAGAAUUAAAUGUUUUAUUAUAUGUUUGUAAGGAAACCAAAUGUAUAAGGAUUUAUACUUUUAAAAGAAAAGAGCAACAAGAUCUCCGUCCACUCAGACAAUCUGAUGGAAACUCUCCUGCAGGCGUCGGGACGCCGCCGGCUCCUGGGUCCGUCUGCAUGGACUCGGUCAACAUGAGACACGUCCUGCGCUGGACGCAGCCCACAGCAUCAUGCAACUCCACCGUGCUUUACUCCGUUCAGUACCAGGGGGAGUUUGAGCUCCUGAUCAAGAACGGCAGCUGGAUAAACGCUCCUGAGUGCCAGAGGAUCCCCCUCACCAGCUGCGACCUGACCUCUGACCUGGGAUCUGACUCCGACUACAGCCUGCGGGUCAGGGCGCAGUGUGGCUCCAAGAUGUCCGCCUGGACCAGAUUUCUGUUCAACAGGAACAACAGUAAGAGUUCUCAACCGAUUCAUUAAACCCAAACGAACGAGUCCAGACUCUACAUGAGGCUGAAGCUCCUCUGGUCCGUUGAUCUCAGAGAAACUAAAGUUCACACAGGCAUGUUCAUCACCUUGGGGUCAUAAAGCUGCCGUUCCCACUAAAACCAGGAAGAUAGAGAA